GACCUAAAUCACCAAAAGAUAUGAAUUCCUUCUUAUCUCCUUUAAUAAAUGAGUUGAAAGAACUUGAAGGUGUCCCAUGUUAUGAUGGUUAUGAAAAAGAAUAUUUUAUUUUAAAGGCUCACUUAAUUUCGUGGUCAGGUGACAUUCCCGCAAUACCAAAAAUUUUAAAUCUGACUGGACAUAACUCUUACAAAGGUUGUAGAUUUUGCCACAUAGAAGGAACUUCUCACCCUUCGAAUAAACAUAUCUAUUAUCCUUGUAAGAACAAUUUCGAUUUUCAAUUAAGGACUCAUCAGGAAAUUAAUGAAUUUGCAAUAAAUAUUAAUAAUAAUCAAGAAUCAAAACAAGAAAAAAAAUUUUUAAUUGGAAAAUAUG